GCCGUUUCAGUGUCAUAACAAGUACAGUGUUUAUUAUUUUAAUAUUACCACUAGUGGACCUAAUGUUUUGGCAUGUGAGCGCACGCUAACACAGUUUAGACUUAAAAAACAGAAAACAAAAACAAAACAAAACAAAAAAAAACCCAAAACGUUAAUCUGAGCUAACACUUCCGCGCGCGCCCACUGGUCACCUCAGAGUCCAGCACGCGCGCACGCAGAGAUCACUGGUCCCGCGUGUUAUUAACGUUAAUAACGUUAUCUCUCGCGUCACUCAUGUCCCCAACGACGACGGAGACGGAGGAACCGGAGCCGGAGGGAGGACGGGACAUGGACUGAGGUUCAGGUGCUGCACCGCUGUGAUUGUUCAAACACGCUGAAGUUUUGAGGAGGAAAAGAGAUGAGCUCACGGCCGGAGGAGGAGAGGAUAUCUCGCUGAUUUGCGGACAAGUGUUUGACCGCGGACCGACGGCCCGCCGUUGUUUCACCGGGUGAUGGAGGGGUUUCUCCAGGAGCGACCUAACGUUAACCCCCUCUAAGGUGUUCUUGUGAAAACAGCAUGCAGCUUGAUAAAGAACAUCUAAACAAAGAUGAAGAUGGACUCUAAAUCUAUUACUUUUUGCAAUUUUUUGACACCUGUUUUGAGGACUCAGUAAAUUUUUGAACAUAAACGUUGCCUAGUAAGAGGAAUUAAUACACAGUUGUGAUUGUUGACGUGCCAGUGCUCCAGGAAGAGUAAUGGAGACAGAAGAAGGGGAGGAUGUAUCUCUGAAACACACUGAUAACAUAAAGGUGGAGACGGAGGAGGAUGUGACGUCAUGCCAUACCUGUGGGGUUUGUGGCCGGAGCUUUCCUCUCCUCAGCUCUCUGUCUCAGCACAUGAGAAGACACACUCGAGAGAAGCCGUACAAGUGUCCCUACUGUGAGCACAGGACAGCUCAGAAGGGCAGUCUGAAGGCUCACAUACGAAGCCAUAAACUGGGCCUAUUCAGCCAAAACCUCAGAGACAAGGAAGGAGAAGGGAAGAAAGAUGACACCGAUAUACCCGACCCUUCGGAAAUCAACACAUCAGACAAAGCUCAUACCGUCAAUGGAAAGGUAAAGAAGAAAGCCACAAAGAAAAAAGUGAAGGGUAAAGAUGGCGCUGAGGGCGGUGACGGGGCUGAUGAUGACUCUUUUUCCUGCACCAUUUGUGGUCAGGUUUUCCCUCAGGUUUUACUCCUUAAAUCUCACAUGAAAAGGCACCGGGGCUCCCAGGAUCACGGUUGCCGGAUUUGUGGACGUCGCUUCCGCCAGGCGUGGUUCCUCCAAAGUCACAUGCGCAUUCAUCGGGUCAAAGCUCAGCUGCGGGGCAGCAAAAGCAAUGAACUGCCUGCCACCAUUAAUGGGGUUCCUCAGGACCAAGCGUCCUUGAUAAAUGAAGAGUGCCUGUAUGAGCUGUGUGCUGGCUGUGGGAACUUCUUCUACGACCGCAAGACUUUGAGGGCACAUGAAAAGCUACAUAAACUGAACCAGAGCUGUACUCAGAUACAGAAUCCACCACAUGAAGACCUUGAGCCCUCCGAGCUGGACAUUGCCAAGAGGAACUUUCUGGAAAGCUUGAACCUAACGUGUGUUGGACCUAAGGAAAACUCUGAGGAAAGGAGUCUUUGCAAGAGAAUUCCAGAGCUGGAUCCGAUUUGUAGUUACCAAGCAUGGCAGCUGGCCACAAGGGGACGACUAGUGGAGGCCACAGAAAAAUGUCUGGGCUGGGAGGAGAGACUAGCUGAUGCUGAAGUGGCAUAUGACACAGAAAAGGGCGAAUAUGUGCCCUUAAAGCAGGAGAAGAAGAGGAAGCAAACCGAAACCUCCAGCUCCAACGUCAAGAAGAAGAAAGGUGAUGCAGGCCUUGAUCACACACCAAACAGCUUGACUCACACUAAAGGUGUUGACAAAAAGAUUUGCCAGAAGGACCGUAUUCUGUUGAAUGGACUUGGUCAUGCGUUUUAUGAGGCACUGCAGAGUAAGAAGGUCAAAGACGUUCACCUCACAUCCAAACAGACCAAGAACACCAAGAGCAAAGAUCAAGAAGAUAAAAAGACUUACUCCUGUGAGCACUGUGAUUUCCACACUGUUGACGCCUUGCUACUCAGGUCUCACCUGCACAAGCAGCACCAGGACUUCCUGGGCCCCUAUAGCAAACAGAGCACCAUUUUGGACAACGUUAGCAAAAGUGGUUCAAAAGCCUCAAGAUACAUGGACUACCUCAGAAGUAGGAGUGUGUUGCUCAGUCAGCCAUACUGGAAUCCCUACACAUGUCCUCCUAGCCAAGAGUUAGCAGAGUCAAACGUUAAAGUAGAAAAGUCAAAUGACCCAGAGGUCAAAGGGCAGGCACAUUCUAGUGGUGAUGCCGGCAGUCUCCUUAAUCUGUCUUCACUACCCAUAACAGGAGAUUGUACUGUUAACUAUUCAGUGAAGACAGAGGGCCUGGUGAGACAUCAGUGCCCAUACUGCUCACACACGACCUGCUACCCAGAAGUGCUGUGGAUCCACCAGCGUGUUGCACACAGGGUGGAUGGCAGCAGCUCCAUGGCACCCAAGUGGGCACCCUGCAUCAACAACCCCAAGAGUUUAAAGUCAGGCACUUCUCAGUGGAGACGCACAGGGCCACCACCAUUCCUCGAAGGCAAGGACUGCCCGUCUUUACCAGCUCCGAGAACGCAGCGCACACAGCCUCCAGGUUCCACAACCCACAGCAGCAACAGAAAGAACACAGCCCCCAAGACCCAGUCGGGCAUCUCCAAGUCCAAACAUCAGUCAAAAGACUCCCGUUCUUCAGAUGGGACACAGUCAAGUGGGAAGGCUGCACUGCAACCUCAAAAGAAGUCUAGUGAACAUAACCAAGCAGUUGAGGGUGGAAGUAAAGGCUCCAGUGCCCAAGCUACUUCGUCAAACCACACUGUGCGCAGUAAGAGUCUCCCUAGUUUCCAGCCCACAAACCCCAGCCCCAAACACAGAGGCAACAGAGCUACCGUAGAGGGGAACUUUCCUCAAGAGGGUUUAGGUUUUAUGCUGGCAAGAAAUAAUGGUGGGACUUCUUCUAACGCAGCCGCAGAUAGACUCCAUUCCCGCAGACAGUCAUGUGACUUCCCAUCAGGUCCUAAGGGCCCUGAUCUCUGGGCUGCCAUGAACAUGUGGGGGCUUCAUGGCAGCAAAGCAUAUUUAGAUCCACUCCUUUUUGCUCAGGGAAAGAGUGAAUCAACUGGAGAAAUGCCAAUGGAUAUUGAUAUCUUGAGUCUCCUGAAAAACUACAGUCCCCACGACCUGGCUGCUCUCUAUCAACACUGGGGCUUUGUUGAUCCAAGGAUCGAUCCACAAGCAAUGUUGCAGUUAAAUGGAAAUUUUGGAAAUGAAGUCCGUUCGUCCUCUGAAGCUUCCAAACAAAUGAACAGCCGCUCCACUUCAUCCUCAGGGUCUCUCCACAAAGGAACGUGAAGAAACGUUGUGUUCCUCUUGGCUCCAACUUGCACAAUGUUCACUCCUGAACGAAGAGGCCUGCUGUUCUUUAGGGGAACCAGCCAUAACUCCUAGAAGGACGGGGGCACUGGAUAAUGCACAACAUAUGCAAAGCAAUGAGGUGGACUCAUGUUAUUUUGUAAUAUGGUUGUUUAAUUUGAAGUGUUACGCAUGCUUUUUGUUUAUUAAGAGUGUAGAUAUGUUAGUUAAUAAAACAUAUGUGUGGGAUGUGUUUUGAAAUGUUUGCUGAAAUGAGGAAGGACUGCUCGGUCUUGUAAUAAUAAUAAUAAUAAUAACAAUAAUAGGAAGACAUUGUAGGAGUACUGCUGCCCAGGUGGAAAUGAAAUGUAGAGCUACAGUCACGUGAAGCUAUGAAGAUAUUCUUGUGGUUCAAGGCCCACAGAUGUGUUCUUGAUGUGAAAGUGAAAAUAGAUUCAGCAAAACAAUAGAAAAUACCAAAUCUCACAAUCCACGAUGCCACUAAAACAUUCACAAGUACGAGUUUUGAUGCAUAAUAUGUUCUUACCUGCUGUAUGUUAGUGUUGAGUUUCAGUUUGUCGUUUUGUUUUCUUGUAAAAUGUCUUGUGUUUUUAAAUUUGAUUGAGAAUGUGACUGUUCAGAAACGCAUCACUGCUUAAGCCCAUAAUCACAAUAUAAGUUAUGAACUGAGUCCAGGUUGAUACGCCAGUUUUUUUUGCCAGAUGUCCUCUGUCAUUGUGCUUUAUCAUCAUUUUAAAUGAGUGGCUAGUUACUUUUCUUUCAGUUACACUAAAAUCCAAUUAGGUUUGCAAGAUUUAAGUUUGGAAGUACUGGUUAUGUCUGACUAGAAUUUCAUGUAUGUAUCCAUGUGCUUCACGGCCUCAUUCACCAGGUUGGGAAGUAGUUUUUUCUGUAAUUAAAGCGACAACAAGGAGGAAGGAAAUAGAUCAAAAAGACCAUGAUAUCUGAUUAAUUUCAAAUAAAUACAUCUUAUAAACCUGGGAAGCCAUGUAUGAACAUGUUCGACAACAAGUUCUUGUUGAAACAUUAAGCACGAUUAACACACAUUUAACACUAGAGCGGUAAAUCCUAUAAUAGACACACGUGCGUUUGUUUGAAUAACUUAAAACACAGGAUCAGCUGAAGUACCGUCUUGAGGUUAUCAACACUAAAUGCUAAAGGCUGUAUGUAAUCAAUGAUCCAGCCUUAUUCCAUCUGUGUUGCCUGAGUUUACAACACAAAGGACUAAAGAUAAGCAACCGCUCUCUUCUACUUUACAGCCUCAGAAACUCAAUAAGUGUUACUCGACAAUAACGUCAACAGUGCUAUUUUUAAACCUCGACCAGGAAGUCACACUUUGCCCGUUUGGAAGAGGAAUUAAAAUAAAUCUAAAAUGUCCCUUGCCAUGUCAGAACAACUAAUGAACAAUGCGCAACAAUUUGCCCCAAUCACAAAGACUGUAAACAUCUGCACUUCUUUUACACUGUGCUAGUGACGUAGCAGUUUUGAUGAUGUGAUUUUUAGAAAUAGAAACUGUGGCGGGAACAAUUUCUACUGAGCUGCCGGUCAAUCCACUGAAAAGACUGCAAAAUAUUUUUGGUUUUGGAAUUUUUCUAAUUCGCCUCAUUCUCCCCUUGUCCUUAGGAGUUUUGCAGAUUUGUUUUUGUAGCAUGUUUACAUUGUAGUUAUUCGGUGUAUUCAUCUCCCAUAGAGAAACAGUCUAUGCAUUUGACAAAAGCCAUCAUGGAUUCUCGGGAGAUCUUGAGAAUACAUAAUUUAUUACUGACUAAAUGUUUUUUUUUUUUUUUCGUUUCGUUUUUGAUAAAUAUUGUAAAUGAUAGUUUUAUUUAAUGGUCUUUUUGUUGUUUGAUAAGAGUGGCAUUUCAACACUCAAAAAGUACUUGAUAUUUGUAGUGAGAGAAAAUGAUUUUUUUUCUGUACGACACUGUGAGGUCAGAGUCCUGCUGCAGGCGCCACUGAGCCUGUGAUCUCUUGUUUCACAACACCUCUCAAAAAAAAAAAAAAGUAAAGAUGCAGCGGCCGCACACGGUUUGGCACGAAACGACGGGAUACGACGAGACAGCGACUUUUAUGCAAGCUCCGACUCAAUAUGCAAACGUAAAAGUCGUGUUCCUUUUCUGAGACGAUGUAAACGUGUUUCAUAGUUGAUAAUUACGUUGGUAUCAGAAUUUAUAUUUUCACCAGUUCCGCAUAUUGUUUGACUGUAAAAUGAUUCAAAUAAAGUUGGUAAACGUUGAA